AUGGUCGCGAGGGAAAUCCAGCCGCAAGUCAUCGACCUUACUGCCGAACCAGACGUCAUCGACGUCGACUCGGACGACAACGCAAUCCAAGAGGUCACGCCUAAUGGGACAAACCACACGAAGAAGAAACGCAAGAAGCGCAAGCGCAAAGUUUCGCGCAGCGACCCGAGCACGGCGGACGGUCAAGGGGAUCCUAGCUCAGCCGAGACUUCACAACCCGCUUCACGCAAUACUCCUCCCCCAUCCGACCUCGUCAUUAACCUGGUGGACGAUUCGCCCGUCGCGUCCGGCUCAAAGCCACCACCACCACCCCACCUGUCCUUAGCAGAGAGGUUAACCGAACCUUCCGGUGGCAAGAAAAAGGAUGUGGAACGCGACGAGCGAAGGAGGGAGCGACGGGAGGAGGAGCGGAGACGCAACAGAGACAGAGAUCAUUACCGCGAGGACCGUACUCGGGACAAUGAACGUCAGAGUCGACGAGAGAGGGAACGGCGAAGAAGUAGGUCUCCCGGCCAUGACCACCGCGGCGAGCGUCGAAGAUCGCGCUCUCGCGAACGCACGAAGAGCAAGAAGCGCACCAAGGGUUCUGCUGCAGAUGACAAGGCGUUGUUCUUCGAGGACCUCACGCCCAUGGACAUCCCUGCAGCCAUGCGACCACCCCCUCCUCUUGCCGGACCAUCUUCGGCUACGCAAGCGUCCUCAGAACGCGCAAAGGCGUCCGACAAUAAGAAGACAGAUGGACUUCUACUUCCGGGACACGUCUUUGUUGCGCCCGAGGGGCAGGAUGCGGAUCUACCGCCACUGAAGAUGCCUACGCCGGGGGGCUCGGACGACGAAGAUGGAUACAUCGACUAUCUCGAAUACGACGAUGACAGGAAGGUUGGGAUGAUCAGAUAUUGGGAACUGGAGAAGCUCGAAGCGCAGGGGGCUAGACCCUCGAAGCCCACCCGAUUCGUCUGCAAGAAAUGUGGGGACGAGGGCGACCACAAAGCUGCCGAAUGUCCCCACCUCAUCUGCCUCACAUGCGGUGCGCGGGAUGAACACGGCACUCGAAGUUGUCCUGUCAGCAAAGUGUGCUUCACCUGUGGAAUGAAGGGUCAUAUCAAUAAGAAUUGCCCGAACCGCGGACGGCAGGGUGGGUAUUACUCGUCCCACGACUGUGACAGGUGCGGCGCGCGGACGCAUCAAACCAACGAAUGCCCGACGUUGUGGCGGAUGUACAUAUACGUCGAAGAUGACGCGCGCCAAGACAUCCUGCGCAUCCGUGAAGACAAGCGACUCCUUCCUCUCGGAGAAGGCGGUGAGGGGUACAUCGCUACGGACGAGUGGUGUUACAACUGCGGCGGAUGCGGACAUCUCGGUGACGAUUGCAACGACGUUCAACAUCCAUUCGACCACCCUGAAGAGCAUUCCGCGUUUAGCAUAUACAACAUCCUGUCCGGCCCCUUUUCGUCCGAGGCCCCGCGUCAGUCGAAGCGUGCUCCACGCGACUGGGAGACAGUGAACGCGUUCUCGGACGGGUUCGGGAGCAAUAUGCCCAUGCAGGUCGGCAAGCAAGGCCGCCGCAAGGAACGGGAACGUCUUGCACGUGCCCGAGAACAACAGGCAGAUGACGAUGACGACGACUGGUUCGCAGGCAACCGGGCACGGCCCAACAACAAGGGCAGCCGCGGCUCUUCCCGGAACAAGGGCGACACACGAGGGGGCGGCGGGAAGAUCAAGUUCGACUUCUCAACCUCGUCCGUCGGCGUCGAUCGCGGAAACAAGCAACAGAGAACCGACGGUUACGAGCUCCCAGCGCCGAUGCAGGAGACGGAGUCACUGCAGAUCCGUGGCGCGUCGCGCAGGGACAGGCGGAGCUCACCGCCGAGGGACCGUGACGAACGCUAUGGUCGCUAUGACCGCGAGCGGGACCGCGACCGCGACCGCGACUGGGAGCGCCGCGACCCGCAGAAAGGCCCGCGCUAUCGAGGAGGAUACUACAGAUGA